AUGUGGCACGGCGGUAUAUUUAUACGGCCUCUAUAUGCAACCUAUUGGAUGUCCGUGGUUCACAAACACUGGUACUCAUUUUACGCAACCAGCGUAACAGGCUAUGUGAUAUGUUCAGUGUCUUUGUCGAUGCUGACGGCCAUGGGCGUGGACCGAUUUCGCGCCAUGCUGUUGGGACUGAGAUACAAAGAGAAUGUAUCUCUGAGGCGCAUUAUAUCGCUUUAGCUAUCGUCUGGGUUGUAUGUAUAGUCUCUGGUUUAUGUUUUGAUGCAAAUUACCGUUUAACUUUUUUAGCGCAGCUUCAUACUGAUGCCGUCCAGUCUGGUAAUCUUAAUCGCCUCGUACACAAUGAUUUUCCGCGCUCUCAAUCAUCAUCUGGCUCAAUUACAAGAUCAUGUUCAACAACAGUCGAACAAAACAAUUGCACCGAACAUGGCGCGAUACAGAAAGGCAGAGUAUAGUGCACUGUGGGUGCCAUCAGCGUUGGUUGUCUGUUAUGAACCAAACUUAAUAACGGAAAUUGUGAUAUAUUUGAGUUUAAACCGAUUAUCGAAUUUUAUCAUGAUCAUCAUAAUCAUUCGCCAUAAUGGCGAACAUUUCAGUUUCCUUUAAUUCCACUAUAAACCCGUUUCUUAACCAUUGGAAGAUCAGAGAUAUAAAACAUGAGUAAAGCAGACAAUCAGAUAAGCAAUUUGCCAUGUGUAGACAUCGGCCUAUGUUCUGCUUCUCCAAAGCUAUUUAUGGGUUUUGGAAGAGAGGAGAAGAUAUACCAUUUAAUAAAAAGAGUGAGGAAAACGAUAAAGAGCUACUUCCUAUUUUAUAUUUUGUUCAUUACAAGUUAUCUUAAGAACAACUGAAAGGUAAAAAAUCCUAGGUUGGUAAUGAAAUAUAUCACAAGAAUAUCAUGUGCCGAAUUUGCACACUUAUCAUGAUGCAGUGAAGUGGACAUUAUUCUUUUCAAGCAGAAUGUGCUUACGAAUUUGUUGUUUUGUGAAAACUGGAUGAGAUAUGUCACUUUGGCUCAGAUGUACGGUUAAGUGUUAACGGAUUGCAAAAGGAGCCACGGGCUCGAUUUGUUUAUAACAAAACUUUGUAAAUGUGUCGGCUUUUUUCCAUCUGUUUAAACGUUUUUAGGAGGUUGAUUAUCACUAUUUUCACAUAGAUUUAUCUUUUGAGACCACUCGUUUGCCAGAAAGCAAGUAUCCAAAUUAUGGCAGAAGAAACUUAUGAUAGGAAAUAGUUCAAAAACUCUAACAUGGUUUAUAAGAAUCGUUAUCUUUCAGUAUGUUGCUUGCAUCAAUUACGACCGUUUAUAAUUAUCGAGUGCAAAAUUAUAGUCCUCAGAGGGCUACCAUCGAUUUCUAUUUUUAUGACUAAAUUCAAAUAUACAAAUAUUCCCGAAAACAUAAAAAAGGUUCCUUUUAACUUUGUCUUGUUGAGUCCUGAACUAAGCAAGACAAGGCAAGCCAAGCUGAAACUGAUCUUGAAACAGAAUUAUGUAAAACGUCCCAGGCUGUUCAGUAUAACUCUUUAAGCAGAGCUCAUACGUAGUUGCUGUUGUUAUCAGUAGCCUUUUCCAGGCGACCAUUUAGUAAAAUGGAGCGAAAUGGUACACGGCACGAUAGCAGCGGAGUGAAUAAACGGGGGAGUUUUGGGUCAGGUAGGGUCGGGUCAGGUGAACGCCGUUCCCUACCUGACUCGACCCAAGCCUCACUAUUUUUUUUAAUCCGCCCUGAGUAUCGCGCCGUUUACUGUGCACUUUGAAAUAAAAGAAAUAAAAAAUUAAUAAGACUUGUUGCAGAAUACGAGCAACUACGACAUAUAUUUUCUUCGAGUAACUACGGUAAUGUUUUGCAAUCAAAUAAUGACUCGACCCAAAAAAUAUUAAUUUAUCUUACUAAAUGGUUCAUUCAGUAAACAAUGUAAAAAGCUUUCUGUAGCUUUAUGCUUUGUGCCUAUGAAAUAAUUGAAUAUUUUUAUUUGGUAGCGAAACCGUAUUGUUAAAAAAACAAACUAGUACAUGUAUAGUUUUUCAAAAAAACAAAAGCAAAACUUUGGCUAAAAUAAGAUGGUAUUGGUGACCAUAGAUUCAUCCAAAAGAAGUCUUCCAACUGCUUCCUGACCAAGUAACAUCUGCGCUGCAAUCUUUUUAUUUUUUAGGUUGCGUACGUAUGUGAUCAUAAUUCCGACAAGUCCCGAUAUCACAGCAUUUGCAUAAGGUUUUCCUUACUCAAACACUGCUGUUUUCACUUUUUUUUUAAACAAUGGUCACAAAGAGUAUAAAUUUGUCCUUGUUAUACGAUGCCAUAUCCAAAAUGUCGUUAACCAAUUACUAGUAACUCAGUUAAAAAAUGUUCAGUACCAAACUUCUGCCUUAAAACCAGAGAUAUUUGCACACACAAUGUUUCCCGUUUUAGGAGCAUUCAUAUUAUCUAUGAUUUUUUGACCAACUUUUCCACCCUUUAAAAGAUGCGACACGUAGAGACAAAAGAAUGAAAUAUUUUUGGAAUAACUUUGCAUCUCUAACCAAGCUGUUAACAAUUCAUCGCGUCUCAAGAUCGCGUGUAUUAAUUAUUAGUGUAAAGCAACGAGUCCGAUGCAAACAACACGUCGGCCACUGAAUUGAUCAAGGCGUCGGCCGACGGCAAUCAGUCGACUAUCGACCAACUAUCGGUACGAUAGAUACGCGCACGUAUAUCAUUUUAGCUAUCGUUUGGGUUGUAUGUCUAGUCACUGGUUUAUUCUUAUCUCAAUUACCAUAUAGGCCUUUGGUUCCUCAUCAUAACUAUACCACUUGGCCUGGUAAUCUCAGUCAUCUCGUACACAGAGAUUUUCCGCGCUCUCGUUCGUCAUCAGGCUCAAAUACAAGAUCAUGGCGCGAUACAGAAAGGCGGUGUACAAUGCACUGUAGGUGCAGUUAGCUUCAGUUGUCUGUUAUGUUCCACAGAUGACAGGGAGAAUUGCGAUCUAUCUUAAUGCAAAGAGAUUUUCGAGUUUCUUCUCAAUCUACGAAAUGGCAACUGUCUUAGUUUUAUUUAACUCUACUUUAAAUCCGUUCCUUUUCUGCUGGAAGAUAAGUGAAGUGAGACAAGCAGUAAAGCAGAUAAUCAGACGAGCAAUCUCUUGCGCAUAGGUAGACCUAAUAUCACGUUGGCUCUUCCUUCUAAAACUUAUUUGAAUAAUUUUAUUUGAUAAAAGAGAGGGGAAGAUUUGCUAUUUUAUGAUAAAAAAGAGUAAGGAAAAUUUGAAGAACUACUUCUAAAUAGCAUAUUGUACUUAAAUUAUCUAACGAACAACUAACAGGCGUAAAUUGUAGUUUAGUAGCCAAUAACAAAACAAUAAUAUGUCGCCAAUCUGUGCAUUUGUAAUGAGGUAGUGAAGGCUAUCAGUUAUUUUGGAAUCGGAAUGCCCUCAAAGUUUUUCUUUGCGAUCAAAUCUUGAUGAGAUAUAUCACCUAAGAUCAGAAAUAUGGUUUAGCGAUAACGCGCUGUUAACGGAGCCAGCCGCUAGAUUUUGUCAUGAUUGGGAAUUAGCCAAAAUGUUUAUAACGAAACGUUGUAAAUUAAAGAUGCGGACUUUGUUAACAGCUGUUCAAAGAUACAGAAGGAAUGCUUAGAAAUGAAGUUGAUCAUCUCUGUUUCACAUGGAGUUAUCGUUUGAGAACCCUAAGAUUAAGCUCGCAAAUAAUGACAGAAGGAAACUAUACGAAGGAAUGAUUUAAAAAAAACUCUGACAUGGUUGAUACGACUAGCCAUUCUACAGUAUGUUACCAACAUCAAUUAAGACUGUUCAUCGAGUUGCCUCGUGAGUCUGCACUAUUUUGACCACUCUGAUGACGAAUGUCGUUGUCGAUAAGAGCACAGACCACAAUAAACCAUGGCCACGGUCGAUCUGUUAAAUGGAGAAUUUUCGCCAACAGCAAGUUUCCUACUAGCACCUAACUAUGUAUAGUAAAUACAAGAUGAUAAGCAGAAAAAAAAAACUGUCCGAAACGAAGGACAGUUUCUAUUGUUAAAGGUGUUUUUCGUUAACUGUUCAUCGCUACAUCUAUUUUCACACUUUUCAGGGCAUAAAGGCAGAGAUUAAUGCAAUUUUAUCGGUAGAGACAUUGUCAUUACGUCAAAGAUCCAGUCAAGUUCGACACAUAGAGAACAAAGAACAUUAUUUAUUUACUUUUUUUUUAGUGGUAAGUAUGCAUCUGUAACCAUACAUGAAUUCUGAGUAGUUUUAUGUAAUACAGUUUUCAGUUUUCCCCAAUACCGAUUAACGUUCUUAAAACGGAUUUUUACCUUCAACUAAGAUAAUUCAUGCGUUCUAAGUUUACGUAAAUUACAAAUUAAAAGUCGCCAAACCACCUUAUAUCGAUAAAAGUAUUAGUAUCUGGUUUAUUCUUUCAUCUCAAUUACCGUGUAGCUUUGGAGGUAUAUCAUCGUUCCUGGUAAUCUCAGCCGCCUUGGAUAUAAAUAUUUUCAGAUUUUGGUGCUCUCAGUCAUCAUCUGGCUCAAGUAUAAGAUCAUGUUAAACAUGAGAAAGAAUAAACCAGAAGACUAGAGAUACAAUCCAAACGAUACCUAACAUGAUAUACGUGCGCCUCAAAGUUACAAUCUCUUUGUAUCUCAGUCUCAACAGCCGAACAAAACAAAUGCACCGAACAUGGUGCGAUACAGAAAGACAGUGUUAAGUGCACUUUGGCGUGCCGCCAGUAUUAGUUGUCUGUUAUGUACCAAACUAGCAGUGGAAAGUGUGAUAUAUACUAGUUUAAAACGAUUAUAUAAUUUUGUCAUAAUCAUCAUAAUAAUUUGCCAUAAUGGCGAAUGUUUUAUUUUUUUCAACUCCAUUUUAAACCCGUUUCUUUACCGUUGGUAGAUCAGAUAUAAGAGAAGUACGAAAGCAGACAAUCCUACAAGCAAUUUGCCAUGAAUAGGUUUCGAUUUAUUUCGACGUCUACAUAUCCUGUUUCUUCCAAAGCUAUUUAUCAAUGAUGUUCGCUAAGAAUACCAUUUAAUAAAGAGUAAGGAAAACUAUAAAGAGCUACUUCUAAUUUUUAUACUGUUUUCAAGUUAUAUCAAGAGCAACCGAAAGAUAAAAAAAACUCAGUUCGUUAAGUGUAUCACAAGAAUAUCAUGUGCCGAAUUUGCACACGUAUAAUGAAGCAAUGGAGACUAUUUCGGCUUUUCAAGCAGAAUACACGAUUUUGCUGUUUUUUCAAAACUUGGAUGAAAUAUAUCACUUUGGUUCUGAUAUACGGUCAAGUGUUCAUGGAGUGUACCAGGAGCCUCGAUUUGUUUAUAACUUUGUAAAUAUGUAGACUUUGUUUUCAUCUGUUUAAAAGUUUUGAAGUCAAUUCUUAAGAAGUUGAUUAUCACUAUUUUUACAUAGAUUUAUCGUUUGAGACCGAUCGUAUGCCAGGGAGCAAAUUGGAAAAUUAUGAGGGAAGAAACUUAUGAUAAGAAAUAGUUAAAAAAACUCUAACAUGGUUAAUAAGACUUGAUUCAGGACCGUUACGAAUAUCGCAAAAUGAAAAACGCUUUGAACGCAAAUUUCUGAUUAGUAAAUAAGAUGAAAAAGUUAAAGUUGCCAUAAAUGUCAUAAAUGUCAUAAAUGUCAUAAAUGAAGAUAAAUCUCAUGGAUAAAAUAAGAGUCAAUUAAAUUUGGUCGGUAAUGUUUAAAUGUUCAAAAUUAUUUAUCGAUCGACUGAUUUCCGACUGCGGUAUUUAGACAUCGUAGACUUAUGUUCUAAAAUACUCCACAAAAUUUUAAAAAAAUGCUCCUUUAUUUACUUUGUCUUGCUGAGUCAUGAGCUAAGAAGGGCAAGCCAAGCUGAAACUGAUCUUUUAAUAAAAUAUAAUGAAAUGAUGUAGAAUGUCCCAGGCUGUUAAGCAUAUCUCUAUAAGCAGAGCUCAUAUUUAGUUGCAGUUGUUCUCAACAGCCUUUUCCAGGCGUUCAUUUAGUAAAACGGAGCGACACGGUAGUAGCGGUGGAACGAUGAAACGGGGGAGUUUUGGGUCGGGUCGGGUCGGGUCGGGUCGGGUCGGGUGAACGCCGUUCUUUACCCGUCUGGACCCAAGCCUCACUCUUUUUCGGUGCGCCCUGAUUAUCGCGCCGUUUACUGUGCACUUCGCUUUACUAGCUGAACGCCUCAAAAAGGCUGUGUUAUCACUCGAUGAGCUGUCAAAGAAAAAAGCGUAAUGCAGAACACAAGAGACAACAUCAUAUAUUUUCUUCGAGUCAGAAGUGGAGCCACUUAUUACGAAUGAGGAAUCGAGAGACAAAAUAAAUGCAAUCACCUGUCGUAUACAUAACAACUUUAAUUUUUACUACGGUAAUGUUUUGCAAUCAAAUAAUUAAUAACACAAAAAAUUUAAUUCAUCUUACUGAAUUGUUCAUUGAGCAAACAAUUUAAAGAGACUUCUGUAGCAUUAAAGUCCACACGGCAACCGGGUGGACAAUCUGACAUGGUUUGAUGCUACUCUGGUUUACAGAUUUAAUGAGUGUAACCGAAGAAGUUACAAUUCUUCGGUUACAUUCAUUAAAUCUGUAAACCAGAGUAGCAUCAAACCAUGUCAGACCUCUGUAGCUUUAUGCUUUGCGCCUAUCAAAUGAUUGGAUAUUUUUAUUCGGUAGCAAAACCGUAUAGUAAAAAAAAAAGCUAAUGCAUGUAUAGUUUUACAAAAAAAACUGAAACAAAACUUCGGCUAAAAUAACAUGGCAUUGGGGCAUUGGUGACCAUAGAUUCAUACAGAGGAAGUCUUCAAACUACUUCCUGACCAAGUAACAUCUACCUUGCAAUCUUUUUGUUUUUCAGUUUGCCGUAAGUAUGUAUCAUAAUUCCGGCUGACAAGACCCGGUAUCACAGCACUGGCAUAAGCGCUUCAUCAUCUGUCAGUAGCUUUUGGUGAAGGUUUUUUCUUAGUCAAACUGAUAUUUUCAUUUUUUAAAUUUUUGAAAAAAUUUUUUUUAAACAAUGGUCACAGAUCAAAUAAAUUUGUCCCUGUUAUACGAAACCACAUCCAAAAUGUCGUUUACCAAUUACAGGUAACUAAGACAAACAGAAAUCUUCAGUGGCAAACUUCCGCCGUAAAAAACCAGUGAUAAUUUGCACACACAUCGUCUCCAGUGGGGGGAGCAUUUGAAUUAUUUAUAAUCUUUUUACCAACAUUUCCACCAUUUAAAAGUGUGACAUUUAGAUACAAAAAAAUAUAAAUAUUUUUAGAAUAACUUUGCAUCUCUAACCAACAUAAAUUUCGAAAUUGGACUUUUUCUCUAAGUUUUCCUAAACUGUUAACAAUUCAUGUCAUCCCGAGAUCACGUGAAUUAAUAAUUCACGCUAUCAGCCGGGUAAGGCAACGAGUCCGAUCCAAACAACACGUCGGCCUAUGCGUUAAUCAAGGUGUCGGCUAACGGCAAUUGGUCGACUAUCGACGAACUGUCGGUCGACUUUCGAUAUCCUAUCACUGAAGGUUUAUUUGAGUAAAUAAAUUUUUUUAAAUGUUUUUUUGGGAAAUUAACCUAUCACAAAUGCAGUUUUACCUUCCUCCUAUUACUAAUUCAAAUUCGCGCAGAAAGACUGACGUUUUUUGCUCUUUCGUGCCACAAACCUCACAGCGUUCCGGCAUUAUAAAUAGUCAGACGCUAGUGAUAAACAUUUACUCUCUGCAAUUGUUAUCCAAAAGUUAAGGUUUAACCGACCUUGACUUAAAGGGCGCUGUUAAGACGAAACAUUCCUCGUUGUAUCUAAGGUUAACCUCCAAAAGAGUGGAAACGGCAGCAAGAUGAUGGCGACAACAAAUCUAACGGAAAGUGGAACACAUACGCAAACAUUUCACGAAUCGCUCCGUUCCCCAAUUUGGUUAGGUGAUUUUAAACAACAGUCCAUUUCAUUCUCAGCAGUCAACAUUUUCUUCUCCAUCACAGCAAUUCUUGGGAAUUCCCUUAUCCUUGUUGCCCUUCACAAAGAAUCUUCCCUCCAUCCGCCAUCCAAACUCUUGUAUCGUUGUCUGGCAACAACUGAUCUGUUGGUUGGUCUUGUUAACCAGCCUCUCUACGCUGCCUUCUGGAUGUCCGUGGUUUACGAACACUGGAGUUUUUGUAGAUACACAAGGGAUGCAACCGUCAUAUCAAGCUAUGUAUUAUGCGGAGUGUCUUUGAUGACGAUGACGGUCAUAACCGUGGACCGACUUCUCGCCAUGUUGUUGGGACUGAGAUAUAAAGAGAUUGUAACUUUGAGGCGCACCUAUAUCAUUUUAGCUAUCGUUUGGGUUGGAUGUCUAGUCGCUGGUUUAUUCUCUCAUAUCAAUUACCGUAUAGCUCUUUGGUACCGCAUCAUAACCAUACCAUCAUGUCUGGUAAUCUCAGUCGCCUCGUACACAAAGAUUUUUCGCGCUCUCAGUCGUCAUCAGGCUCAAAUACAAGAUCAUGUUCAAUGACAGCCGAGCCAACCAAAUGCACUGAACAUGGCGCGAUACAGAAAGGCAGUGUACAAUGCGAUUUGGGUGCAGUUAGCUUUAGUUGCCUGUUAUGUUCCACAGUUUAUAGUGAGAAUUGUGAUCUUUGUUAGUGCAAAGAGAUUUUCAAAUUUAUUCUUAAUUUACGGAAUGGGAGUUUCCAUACUUUUCUUUAACUCAACUUUAAACCCGUUCCUUUACUGCUGGAAGAUAAGUGAAGUGAGACGAGCAGUGAAGCAGACAAUCAGACAAGCAAUCUGCUUUGCAGAGGGGUAGACCUAUUUUAACGUUGGCAUGUACUGCUUCUUCUAUAACUUAUAUAUAGAUUCUGCUUAGAGUUUAACCCGAUUAUCGGAUUUCAUCGUAAUCAAGGGUAUGGCAGAUGUUUUAGUAGUUUUCUUUAACUCGACUUUAAACCCGUUUCUUUGCUGUUAAUUUAAAAGCAUUGUUAUUACCAAUUUCGAAUAUUCAAGGGAAAUACGUGACUCUAUCACAGGCCGUGUACACAAAGCUGGUCUUAUGAGAAAACAUUCUAUCAUUUCAUGACAAUCGAGUACGAAGCGCGCUCUUGAGUACCUAUCACUACUCCUAAUUAAAAGGGUUUGUAUGACAGCUCACCACUUCAGGUAUUAUUUCCGCGCUUAAAUUUCAUCUGAUGGUCAAAAAAAUUCAUUAAAAUUCUGAAAAAUGAGAAUAAGUAUAAUGAAAGGAUUAACACUUUGGUUUAAGAACUACUAUGCUCUAACCCCUUUUAUGUGGUUUUCCUUGACAUCUCUCUUUCAUUCUCGGAACUGUUACGAAUAUCACGGAAUGAAUUUAAGGUUGUAUGAAUUUUUGAUGAGUAAAUAAUGUGAAAAAGCUGACGUUGCCAUAAAUGUCACAAAUGAAGGUAUAUUUCAUAGAUGAAACGAGAAUCAUAAAAAUUUGGUCAGUCAUGUUUAAAAGUUCAAAAUUAUUUACCAGGAUCGACUGAUUUCCAACCGCGAUUUCUAGAUAUCGUAGAAUCUUGUUCUAAAAUACUCCAGAAAAUUUGGAAAUACUCCUUUAUUUACUUUGUCUUGCUGAGUUAUGAGCUAAGCCAGGCAAGCUAAGCUGAAACUCAUCUUUAAACAGAAUAUGAUGAAAUGAUGUAGAAUGUCACAUACUGUUAAGCAUAUCUUUAUAAGCAGAGCUCAGGGUUAGCUGCCAUUGUUGUAACUAGCCUUUUAAAUGCUUUAAUUUUGUAAAACGGAGCGAAAUGGUGCAUGGCACGAUAGUAGCGGUGGAGAGAAAAAAAGAGAGAGGCUUGGGUCGUGUCCGAUCGGGUCGGGUCGGGUCGGGUGAACGUUGUUCUUUACCCGACUGGACCCUAGCCUCACUUUUUUUCACACCGCCGUGACUAUCGCGCCGUUUAUUGGGCACUUCGUUUUGCCAGCUUCGAACAGGCUAUGUUGUCACUCGAUAAGCUAUCAAAAAAUGCUUUGAUGCAGAAUACAACUGACUUCUACAGAUAUUUUCUUCGAGUCAGUAAUGGAAACUCUUAUUAGAAAAGAGCAAUCGAGACAAAAUCAAUGCAAUCACCUGUUGUAUACAUGACAACUUUAAACAUUAUUAUGGUAGUUUUUCAAAAAACUCAUACAAAACCCGGGCUAAAUAACAUGGUCUUGGUGGCAAUAGACUCAUUCAAAGGAAGUCUUCAAACUGCUUCCCGACCGAGUAGAAUCUGCACUGCAACCUUUUUGUUUUUCAAUUUGCCGUACGUAUGUAAUCAUAAUUCUGACAAGUCCUGAUAUAACAGCAGUGCCUAAGCACUUCUUCAUCUGUCAAUAGCUAUCAAUAAAGGUUUUUCUUGGUCAAACACGGAUUUUUUUCACUAUUUCUAUUGAAACAAUGGUCACAGAGAGUAUAACUUUGUCCCUGUUAUACGAUGCCAUAUCCAAAAUAUCGCUUAUCAAUUCGAUUAACAGGUAACAAGACAAACAGCAUUGUUCAAAAUCAAACUUCCGCCUUAGAACCAGAGAUAAUUGGCACACCAAAUGUCUCCGGUGAUAAGAGUGUUUGAAUUCCUUGUUUGUACAGGUGUGCAUUGUUAGUGGUGUUUAAAAAAAAUGUUCACCGCUGCAUAUAUUUUCAAACAUUUUAGGACAAAAAGGCAGAGUUCAAGGCAGUUUGAUCGUGAGAGAGGUUUUCAUGAUCUCAAAGUUCCAGUCAGGUGCGACACGUAUAGAACAAAGAACAAAAAUACAAAUAUUUUUAGGAGUAACUAUGCAUCUGUAAUAAUACAUUAAUUUUGAAUAGUUUUAUGCAGUCUAUAUUUCUAUUUUUGCCAUACCAAUUAUCCUUUUAAAAAAUUGGCAUUAUAGAUGUAGAAAAUAGAAUAAUUGAGAUAGUAAAUUUUGGGCACGUUACUGAACUAGGGAAAAAAUGUUUUUUAAUUUUGUCACGUGCGUAGGACAAAGGAGAAACCUUGAAUUUCCCAACCGGAAAGUAUUAGGAAAACUUAUUACCAUAACAAUCACGAUUGGACGCAAAAGCGGGUCAAUAAAACCAACGAAGCUUCGAUUUUGUUGUGUUGAAAACUUAUUGGGGACAAGCAAUUACAAGUAAAAACUUAUGGAAAAGGUUCAAACUGUUUCGUAUACUUAACUCAACACUUUAAAUAAAUUAAAUUGAUCAUGCAUUUUUCUUGGCAAAUGAAUUGUUUGCCCAUGGAUAUUUGAAUCCCGGAGACAAAAAUGAAAUUCAACAUAGGAAUGCUCGAUUUACUUCAUGUUACUAGAAGAAAAGGAGACAAAAUUAUGGAAAUGUUUUCUAAAUAGUAUAUCACCUGUGGAUCUGAUGUGAUGAUAUGAAGGUUCCUGGUUUCAAUAGCACGGCCAUCAGUGUUUGUCUCUUGAAAAUCGUUUUCCCCUCUUACCUUGAUAUGAAAUUUGCGUAAUUUAAAUAAAAAUAUACAUUACCGUGACAACUUGAAACACAUCUUUACAAACUUAAAAUAUUCGAUAUGCCAUGACCACUAUCCAUUAUGAACCAGCACGUUACAAGUUUUUAUCAGAAUUUUACGCGAUCAGAGUCAGAAUAUUCUAAAUUAUCCGUCAGGAACGAAUUCAGACUAGGGUCAUUGUGUUUAACACAGUCUUUAAGUUAAUUUGAUAUGAAUUAUGAUAGCUGAAGGUGAAUAUUCUCGAAUUAUCUGAUGAGUAGGAAAAAUAUUAGCCCCGAUCACUUGUCAUGUGAUUUAGAAAACAGUUCCUCGUCAAGCAACAAAAAAUUUAGGGUAAUUUGAUAUUAUAAACUGAGUUGAUAACGUAUAUUAGCCACCGUAAAGAGUUUAGCAACUGACGUUUCGAUCGUUAGCCCUUCGCCAGAGCGAUUGGAGGAACUGUGGGUUGUGUGUGGGUUUAUAUACAAAAAAAAGAGCUACGCUAUCGGUGGGAAUAUGGUGACGCGAAAUCAAUAGUAAAUUAGUUAAGUGAAAAGCGCUCGUUGAUACCGUGGGAUCAAGAGUGCGGAUUUAAGAGGUAGAUUUUUGUUCUACAGUUUUGCUUCUUCCCGAACUGCUUAUGUGCGGAGGCGAGAAAGAAAAUCUCCUUUAAAAUCAGGCACGUUUAAUCGUUAAAAGACGGUAAAACGAAAAUGGCUUAAAAUACAAACCCAAUAACAAAAAACCUCCAGAAUGCGACUAAAAACUGAAAAACACACACACGAGAAAUCGUACGCGUAACUUGCUUACCAACUGAUCAAAUUUAAAUGUCUCAGCGCGCGCGCGCGCUAAUCACACGACACGCCAGUUCGGUACUUUCUUCUUAACAGCCUAGGUGUAGGGAAAGGUCGCAAACUGCCAUAUACUGCUCGUCAUUUCUUUCUACGACGCAAAGGUGUUCUCGGAAUCGGUCCACUUAGUCGUCUCCCUUCCAAGAAACAAGACGCUUAUCCCGCUAUUAAUAAGAUAUUUGAAAAAUGGUACCUCAACAUUCUUGACCUUUAAUUUUCUCGUGACCAUAAAAAAUAAUCCGGCUAAAUUUGCGGCCAUAAAAGAAGUGGGCAAAUAAUGAAUGAGACGGUUAAGAUAGAGAUAGGCUAACGACAUAAUAUCUUACACCUGUCGCUGUUUCGUUUCUAAGUCCACACUAUCGCGACACGAAGAGAACAAAUAUUUACAUAUUAAGAACAACUUUGGAAUUUUUCUCUCAAUUUCUCUAAGCUGAUACAAUUCAUGGCGUCUCAAGAUCACGGGAAUUAAUGAUUUACGCCAUUAUCCGGAUUAAGCAAUGAGUCCGAUCCAAACAACAUGUCGACAGACGUGUCGGUCAAAGCAUAGGCAGACAAUCGGUUGAUUGUCGACCAACUGUCGUUCGACUUUCGAUAAUCUAUCACUGAAGGUUUAUUUGAGCAAAGUUUUUUUUCCUUUUGUUGGGAAAUUAACUUAUCACAAAUGUAGUUUUACUUUGCCCUUAUUACAAAUUCAAAUUUUUUCUCUUUCGUGUGACACACCUCACUGCUUUCGGGUAUUUUACAUUAUCAGACGCUAGUGAUGAAUUUUUACAUCCGUAAUUGCAAUCCAAAACCUAAUAUUUAACCGAUGUUGACUUAGAGGUAUUCCUCGUUGUAACUAAGAAUAACCUGCAAAAGGGUGGAAACGACAGCAGGAUGAUGGCAACAACAAAUAUAACGGGAAAUGGAACAAACACAAAAACAUUUGAAGGAUUGGUUUCGGUAGAUAAGUUUAAAGAACAGUUCAUUUCAUUCUCAGCAGUCAACAUUCUCCUCUCCAUCACAGCAACUCUUGGGAAUUCUCUUAUCCUUGUUGCCCUUCACAAGGAAUCUCGCCUCCAUCCGCCAUCCAAACUCUUGUAUCGUUGUUUGGCAACAACUGAUCUUUUGGUUGGUCUUGUCGGCCAGCCUCUUUAUGCUACUUAUUGGAUGUCCGUGGUUCACGAACACUGGAGUCUUUUUCGGUACGUAAGGGAAGCAGUUUUCACAAUAAGCUAUGCGUUAUGUGGAGUGUCUUUGUCGACGUUGACAGCAAUAAGCGUGGACCGACUUCUCGCCCUAUUAUUGGGAUUGUGCUACAAAGAGAUUGUAACUUUAAGGCGUGCGUAUAUCAUUUUGGCUAUCGUUUGGGUUGUAUCUCUAGUCGCUGGUAUAUGCUUUCAUCUCAACAACCGUAUAGCCAUUCGGUGCAGCCUUAUGGGUAUAUCUUCUUGCAUAGUUAUAUCAGUCGCCUCGUACACAAAGAUUUUUCGCGCUGUCGGUCAUCAUCAAGCUCAAAUGCAGAAUCACGCUCAACAACAGCCGAACCAACCGAAUGUACUGAACAUGGCGCGAUACAGAAAGGCACUACACAGUGCAGUGUGGGUGCAGUUAGCUUUAAUUGUUUGUUAUGUACCAUGUUUUACAUUGAUCAUUCUUUGUGAAGUGCGAUGUCCGUAUGACAUCAGAAUUGAGGGAAUGGCAGUUGUCUUUGUGUUCUUUAAUUCUACUUUAAACCCGUUCCUUUACUGCUGGAAGAUAAUUGAAGUG